UUUAAUGAGGGACAAUGUUAGAUACUUUAAGUAGAGUUUGAGUAUCUAGCAGACACUUCUAUAAUUGAAACUAUUUAUCACAGACGAUGGACACAUUCUGUCCCAUCGGACCUUGCAUCACAACGAUUGAUGAGAUAGGCGAUUCCCAAAACUUAGCAGUUAAAUGUUCAGUUAAUGGGGUCUUAAAGCAAUCCAGCCGGACUAACCAGCUUGUACACAGGGUACCUGAGGUUAUUGAGAGAUUAUCCUCCGUAAUGACAUUAUAUCCAGGUGAUAUUUUGCUAACGGGUACUCCAGGAGGCGUGGGCACGUACCGCUCGCCGCCCGAGUAUUUGCAGCCUGGUGACGUUAUACACAGCGAAAUCGAAAACAUUGGAAUACUCGAGACACGCAUAGAAAAGUUCUAGAACUUUCCAGAACGAGUUGGAUCGCUAUAAUAAUCGGCGUUAUUAUAAUGAUUUAAGUGUAAAUUGUAAAUAUGUAGAUAGAAUUAGUAUUAAACUAAUUUAAAUAUUUUAAGUGUUUCAUCAUUACUCCUCUUAUCAAGAAAAAUACAUCUAGUUAUAAAUUUACAAUAAAAAUAAAUAUAAGGAUUAUG